CAAAUGUUAUGUUGGGAAGCCUGGGGAAGGAAUUUCAGCUGGUGGUGACAGAACAUGAGGAUAUGAUAAAGCAGCUUCUGAUCCAAACAUAUCCUAUUCUGUCAGCUACAGGGAGACUGGAUAAGCAUAUAUAUUACUCUGAGAUGGCAAAUGCCUUUCAGAAGAUGGAGGAGAUAUGCAGCUAUAUUAGGGCCAUGUUAGAAGGUGCAGUAAACCUAUGGUUGUGUGAGUGCAGCACAAGAUGGAAUUAUUCAGACUUUGAAAACUUGUAUGUGAUUCAAGAGGAAGUAAAGAAAGAGUUAUGCCAACUAAAUCCUGGACCCCAGGCUUCUUGCUUGCAAGAUGGCAGAGGUCCAUCAGACAGGAAUAAAACUCCAAUGAUGAAGGCCAAGGCAUUGUCACUUUCUGAUUCCCAGCUGGUGACUGAACCAGUAUGUGGGAGGUUAACUGCAGAGGCUCAUCUCACAAUGAAGAACAGUGAGAAAGAAGCUACAGAGAUUCCAUGUUUACUGGAUUUGAAGAUAACACCACCUCGACAGGAAGGAACUAGAAAAAUUCCAUGCUUACUAGAUUUGAAGAUACCAGCACCUUGGAAGAAAGGAACUAGAAAAAUUCCAUGCUUACUGGAUUUGAAGAUACCAGCACCUUGAUUGAAAGAAAUUAGUAAAAUUCCAUGCUUAAGAAUGUUCCUAGAAUGGCCCUUUUGUCAUUUCCAGGUUUUGUAUUUGAAUCAUUAUUGCUAAGGUAAGCCAGGUCAAUCGUUUGUCUGAAGUGAGAUAUGAAUGUUUGUGUUGAGCAGAACUGAGCAGGCAUGGCCAUUAGCUUUCUGAUGAUCAUCAAUAUCCACUCUCAGAGAAGACUUGGCCAAGAAUGAACGAAUAACCAAAUUAAUAAAUAAGGGAUGGACCUCGACUGGUAUUUGCACCAUAACCAUCUGUAAUCUAUUUCAAUCCUUCAACAAUUCCGCACUUCAAAUGGUGUGUAGCAUCUUACUUAAAGGGGUGUUUUGGUGGUCAGCUGGUUCCAUAGUAGUGAUCCAUGUGAAGGAAUCUUAAGUAAGCUGCAGCCUUACAAACAUGUAGGAUAUGCGUGGCUGAUUCAUCUUUUCCAGGCACCUUUUACAAAUAAGACUGUUGGAUAAUCCUAAUUUGAAGAAGUGUCUAUUCAGGUGACAGUGCAAUCUAAGUAGUCCUUUCACUCAACAUAACUGGUUUUUAUUUAGUUCCAGUAGUUUCUAGUUCUUCCAGCAGAGGGUCCAUAUGGGAAUCUAAUUGUAUGUUUGAGUCUUGUUAAAGAUGCCUAGUGUUUUCACUGGUCUGUAUUUGUCAGGCUCCUGACAUCCUUGGCAUUCCCU